CACGCCCCCGCACGGUAUCGAGAAUUUUCUGUACUGUAGAUCUGCAUGCGGAAGUCGCAGAUCUCUGAUGUGCUUUUUUUAUUAUUUUAUAAUUAUUAUUAGUAUGGACACAACCUAAAAAAAUAUUAUAUUAUAAAAAGUAAACGCGCACAAAUAACAAACGUACACUAAAGAUGUGGCGAUUUCAAAGCUUGGUUGGAAGAGUUCUAAGCCGUUGCCAUGGGAACGCGCCAUCUUUACGUCUAUCCAACGGCCACCACAUUGAGGAUGAGGUCAUCAACUCGUCGUCGGUGCUGUCCACCAGCCGGUCCCAGAGAGGAGAUGAAAGAGAGCAGAAGAAAAACAAAAGAACGACAGAGUUUUGCUCUGCUGGAAUGCGCAGAUACACAGCGCUCGAUGCAGUGGGAUGGGGUGCUGCGGCGGUUCUGUUCAUGCAGAUCUGCAGGAGGAUUCACUCUCAGUUCUCCUCAGUUGGCGAACAGAACCCGGGAACCAUCCGCCUGCCAGAACUUCACAAAUGCACAAACAAGAUCCUGCUGGAUAUGCUGUCAGGGCACAUUGUGUUGCCCCGCGGGGUGUGCGUGACGGGGGCCUUAACAAGUCCGGAGCAUAGCAGCAGCAGCGAUCAGAGCAGUGGUUUUAAUUACGAUACAAUUUCUGAACCUGCACCUCCCAUCAGUGACCAGCAGGAGGAGCCAGUAAACCAACCCAUCACAGAAGAUUUCCCGGACUUUGUCACCCAGACAUCAGCCAUGGGAUGUGACACACCACAAGAGCAAUCGUGUUGUCUGGACGAGGCCGAGCGGAAUCUGAGAGACGUCGCAGGCAACGGCGUGCCAGUCAUCCUCAACAUCAUUGGUCUGGAGAGCUCUAAAGCUGGCGAUCACAAGGCAGCGUUCGAGUGUUUUCACGCUUCGGCUCAGCAGAAUUACAGCAAAGCUCAGUUCAACGUCGGCGUGUGUUACGAGACGGGCUGCGGAGUCGGGAAAGAUCUUAACAAGGCUCUGCGAUAUUACAGGCGCGCAGCAUUAUCAGGUCACACACAGGCUCAGUAUCGCUGUGCAAAACUCCUCCUGAGCAGCAGAGGGCAGCAGAGUGCCACAAAGACACACACUGAUACAGCUACAGCCAUUUCUCUACUACAGAGCGCUGCCGAUGCCGGACUCACCGAGGCUCAGCUCUAUCUGGGUGUGUUAUUCUCUCACGAUCCAGAUGUGCACGGAGGACCAUCAGUCCGGUAUUUCAGAAUGGCAGCAGAGAGCGGGAACAGUACCGGUCUGCUGUUUCUGGGUCAGUGCUACGAGAGAGGGUUCGGAGUUCCUCGGUGUUACGUGACUGCAGUGUGUUAUUACAAGAAAGCAGCAGCUCGAGGAAACCAGCAGGCCAAGAACAAACUCGACCUACAUAAGCGAGAAGCCAUGCGCUCUAUCCGUUCCGCUCCUUGUCUCUCAGUCCUUGAUCGUCUUCCGUUGAGCUCCAUGUUUCCUCCGGCGCCAAACGUAACUCGAGAGAUGACCGAUUCGCCGACUCAGCCGCUUUUUCAUUCACGGAGCACAGGCUGUCUCGUAGCCCCGCCCCCUUUUCCCACUCACCCACUCAAUGCUGACUAUAAAAGUGGGGGCUGGAUUAUAGGGGUGGGGUAAUAAUAACCGCACACACACACACACACACACACACACACACACUGUCAAUCACGAAUUGAUGAGCGAGCAAGAACCGACUUCCGUUGAAUGUUCUCAGCCAAUCAGAGUCGAGCUUUCAAAAAGCCACUUUAUAUUCAUAUUAGUUUUGCUCCCUUUUUAUCUCAGUGUUUGCCAGAUGUUUAUUUAUGUACGUUUGUUCUAUAGGUGUUUGAGUCAUGGUGGGUUUUUUGUACACUUCCUGAGAGCCAUUUCAAUGCGAGUGUGUAAAUUUGUGUAGCGACAGCAAUCAAUGUUCAAAACUUUGUACUGACAGCAUGCAGUGAUUCAGUAAUGAGGUGUUACACUAUGCUUCAACUCCUGGGGAGUCAAUAAUGGCACGAGGGAGCAAAUGAUGAGUCCAGAGGAGACAAAUGAUGAGGCCUGGAACGUAACUUGAGCUGAAAUAUGAUGAAACGUAAACCCAAAAUAAUGUUUAACUAUAAUGCGCCUUGGUUGCAAAAAAGGUGAUAUUAAAUACUGAUAUAAUGACAGUGACUGUGAAUCCAGAAUUAUAAGCAAUGUUUUUUUUUGGUUUAUUGUGGUGAUGAAAAUUUUAAGCACUAUGGACUGCUUGACGCACACUUUUUCUGUUUACAGCAAAAUAAAAACUUUUCUACCA